AUGCCAUCCUCGAAACACAUUGUGUCAGUCCAAGAUCAGGCGUCAAGAUUUCCCGCCACCAAGCUCGUUGCGACAACCAAAGCUGAAAAAGUGAUUCCAGCAUUGAAAGAGAUGUACGAGACCUAUGGCAAUCAGGAUACCCAAAUAUCGGACAACGGACCACCAUUCAAUAGUGUAGCUAUGCACAAUUUUACCACCGAGCGAAGCAUUACACAGCAGACAGCGCCACCACUACAUCCAUCAUUCAAUCCCGUAGAGACAUUCAUGCGACCAUUGAGGAAAGCAAUGAAGAUAGCAAGAGAACACGGAAAAUCUGAGAAAGAGAGCCUUGAAAACUUUUUGAAGAACUACAGGCAGGCUCCUCAUCCUGCAACCUGUAUUCCACCAGCAGCAAUGCUCUUCCGAGAUGGACAACGUUUAGAUUUUCCAAGAAGGACAGCAACGGAAGACGAAGUCAAGCGAGGACGUGAGAUAGACUUGAGGAAGAAAAUCGAAAACAAGAUUAAAGUAAACGGCUCCAAGUACACAAAGACGUCUCACUUUAAAGUCGGUGACAAGGUGCUCGUAAGAAAUUAUAAGAAAUCCCAAAAAUUCGAUACUCUGUUCCUACGAAUGCCAUUUAAGAUCAUCGAUAUGAACGAUGAAGAAAAUGAGAUCAUCGUAUAUCAAGAGGACACUGAUCUUACGCUUUGCAGACAUCCUGACGAUAUCAAACCGUACAAGGAACAAACCGGUAAUAAUGAAGAAAAUCACAUUCCACAGCCUACGGUCGACAAGCAGUGGCCAGAGUUAGACGAGGCUUAUGAGGAUGAGGACUCCUUGUGCCUCAACAGACCACCUCCAUUACGUCGGAGUCAACGAAUAAGAAAAACUUCGCAAUUCUACGAAUGA